AUGUUAUUUAGUUUUGAUGAUGCGAAAAUUGGGCAAUUGCCCAAAAAGCAAGCAUUGGCCGAGAACUCAAUGAUUGAGAACAAUGCUAUGUCACAGAGUUUGUAUGAGCAGACAAAUAAGAAUGUGUCACAAGGUACAUCAGCAUUUCUAAUCUGGAGCAAAGAAAAUCUUCCAAACAACUUUCAGGUGAUUGGUAUUUGUUUUAUAAUGGAAGCCAAAUUCUUUCGCUUUCUUAAGAUUGUUGGAGUUGGUUUCAAAGCCAGAGCAGAAGCAGAAGGUCGUCUCUUGUACCUUAAACUUGGUUAUAGCCACGAGGUCGAACUUACUGUACCUCCUGCAGUUCGUGUGUUUUGCUUCAAAAACAACGUGGUUUGCUGCACUGGGAUUGACAAGGAAAGAGUGCAUCAAUUUGCUGCUGCUGUCCGUAAUUGUAAGCCUCCUGAAGUUUACAAAGGCAAAGACAGUAGUGCAGGAUUAAGGAAGCAAGUGAGGACGAACUACCUGUCCUUAAGUGUUAUUACCGGCAAUUCUGAAGGAGCAUUGAGAGAUCCAAAAAGAAGUCACACUGAAAUUAAUAAUUUAAGCUGCAAAAACUUGGAGGCCAACGCUACAAGUGGCUUAGAAGAUGCAGAGGGAAAACAGUACUCAUGUAGAAAAGAAGCCUUGCACGAAGCCACGCCUAAUCCGAGGCCUUGUCCAAUUAAGAACUCGUGUCUAUUCCGUUGUUCAGUAUUGCUUUGUACUGUGGACUGA